AUGGUCGCAACAUGCGAAAGGUGGGGUGGGGCGUUCGUAUUUCUCGCCAAUUAUACGUGGUGGUUCUACUUCAUGCCAAAAUAACAAAAUCGAACAACUCAUAUUUAUAGAGAAUGUAGGGUGCAAGUGAACUUGAAUCAAACCCCCCAACGAAGAUACAGGAAGAGAAACUAUGUCUAAAAUGUCCUUGCAGAACCCAACCCAUGCUUUUUGGAUUUCUGCCUAUCAUGGUUUCAGCAAAUCAAUUCCUAUUUUGGAUCUUACCCAAAAAAUCUUGCCUGAGUAUGUUAAUCACAAUCGAGAUAUCGAUGAUUCGAAAUUUCGUACUCGCCUUCACGACAUUGUCAUGCCUGCCCAAGAAAGCGGAGAGGACGAAUGUGAGGAUCUCCGGUACAUCUUGAAAAAGGAUACAUGGAAGUCGAGAAUCUACCUUCUUUUUUCUGUCGGACCUACAGAACCUCAUGAUUCGAUGACAGCAGCCUCCGAGCCGGCCGAUCUCAUUAACCACAAUGAAAUUGACGAUCCAAAAAAAGAAAAUAGCAACAGUGACCGUGUUAUUGAAUACUGCAUAGCUACUGUCCAACGAACCUCUCAUUUAACACUCUCUUUUCUCAUUCAAUUUCCGAAUGACUCAACUCAUAGCUCGCACGCUGUUGAGUGCAAACGUGGUAAAAUGGUCCCGCGAACCCAGGUCUUUGUCAAAGACUCAAUUCAAUACUCAUGGGAAAUGGAGUCUGGCAUAAAAGACUUUAGGCAAACUUUGUUCAGAAAUCAUUCAGGGCAAAAGACUGCCGUGGCGGUAUUCCGAAGACUUGAACAUUUAAGGGGCUUGCGAGGAAAGUUGCUGUUGGUGGACGAGACUGCCGGGAUUGAUCAUGUGGUCGUUCUACUCAGUACUCUCGCAACCUACAAAGGUGGCGGUGGAUGAUGUGUUCGCACUUCAUUUUUAUUUAGAGUAUUUUCCACCGGCCUAUGACGAAUUUGUUAACCAUUGUCCCUAAAAGCGUAUUAAGCUAUCAACAUGAGAAAUAA